AUGGGUGAUUUUGGUCAAUUACCACCUGUUGGUGAUAAGCCAAUGUAUGUUUCAGGUAAUGGAACAAUAGUAAGUGACCAUGGACAUAGUCUGUAUCUCAUGUUUGAGUCUGUUAUUAUUUUAUAUCAAGUUAUGCGUCAGGCUGGUGAGGAUGCCGAGGCAGUUGCUUUUAGAGCCCUACUGAUGAGAAUGCGAAAUGGAGAAGUGACACAGGAGGACUGGAAACUAAUGUUGGAGCAUUCAACAACAAGUGUACCAAUGGAUCAGUUCACUGAUGCCAUCCGAUUGUACUUUGACAAGAAAAGUGUCGCUGAAUACAAUUACGGGAAGCUAUUGCAGCUUGGACAACCUGUUGCUAAAAUUCAGGCAAAGCAUUCUGGUCAUGGUGCCUGUGCAGCCACAUCAGACGAAGCUGGUGGAUUGGAUGCUGUUCUGUUUUUGUCUACAAAAGCAGAAGUAAUGCUCACUUGCAACUUGUGGGCUGAAGUUGGUCUCUGCAAUGGUUCAUUUGGCACUAUCGAGCAGAUUUGGUUUGCAGAGAAUAUGGGUCCACCGAACUUACCAAUAGCAGUAUUGGUACACUUUCAUAGUUACUCUGGUCCUGCAUUCCUAGAUGCAUGUUCUAAAUGUGUACCUGUGCCACCCAAAGUGUUUGAAUGGGUGGCUGAUGGAAAGUAUCUGUCAAGGCAACAAGUGCCCUUGUGGUUAAGGUACGCAAUGACUAUUCAUAAGUCACAAGGACAGACACUAACAAAAGCUGUUGUUGAUUUAGGUAAAGGAGAAAAAGUUGCUGGAUGUACGUUUGUAGCUACGUCACGGGUGAGAUCGAUUCAUGAUAUUGUGUUUGAACCUAUGACAUUUAUCGCCUGAAAGCAAUUGGUAGGAGUAAAAAUAUGCAAAAACGACUCGAAGCUGAACAGCGACUUAAAGUGCUAGCAGAGAAAACUGUCCAAACAUAUAAUAAGUCAUGAGUUGUCAUAAGUUGAAGAGUUGUGGUGUUCAAGCACCAGUAUAGUAUACUGGGCACAUAUACUGUGCUUUCGAGGUUAUUUCUCCUGUUACUAGGCACAAUUUUAAAGGUGUAGUUUAUGCCUCUAUUAUUGUGUUUUUGAGGAAGGCAUUCAGAGAGUUUGUCAUUGCCUGUUACCUAGACAUAAUAUUAUAUAUUGUUUUUGAGGUUGGCUGCAUGUUGACAUACCUGUACUUUAUAUUAAAUAAUAUUAUGACGUAUAUACAGUAUACUAUAAAUUUAAAACUUUGUCUUUGUGUUCUACAUAAUAUUUUAUAUCUUUAGAAAUUGAACCAAAUUCAUAUAAAGGUAAGAUUUUUCUCCUGUUUUGAGUAACUAUUCUAUUGAUAAAACAAUUCCCUUCAGAGCAAGACUAUAGGGGCCGGUUGUACGAAGCCUAUAAACCCAUUGCACUGAUGUCAUAAAUCCUUAAAGUGUCCUCCAAAUGCUCCCUAACACUAUUUGUUCGGGUACAAAAACCACAUAUAGCUAAAAAUUGACCAUUUUAAUACAAAAUAAUUAUAAAGUUUUACAAAAAUUGCUUUGUUACAAAAGUUAGAUUAUGCAUAGAUUGCUAAUUUGUCCUCCAGAUGCAUCAUCAUAGGCACUGUGACGUCAUGUGCAAGGGGCCAUUAAAACGAAGGCCGGGUUGUGCUAUCCACCGGAUAGUGAUUUUUUAAGCUUUGUAAAAUCAGUCGUUGAUUGGUAUAACUCGUAUUAAAGUUUAGUGUUUAUAAAUUAAAUGUUUUUUAUACUUCUUGUGACUAAGAUCACUCUUCGUGGAUAUUGCGUGUGUUACUAUGGUUACCGAAAAUUCACACGCAACAUCCACGUAAAUACGAAGCGUGCGAAAUUUUGGUUUUUGGCUUUUUUGUGAGGCAGUAUAAACUGACAGUAAGUUUUUUCCGAAAAAAAAGCUUUAAAAUUUGUUCAAGUUUUUUGAACACACACUGUAUCUUUGAACGAAAAAUAAUUACACUACUAUUUGUAGAAUAUAUAUAUUUUGGGCAAAAAUAACUUCAUUUACUUCGAGUUUGUCACAAGAAAAAAGUUUUUCUUGUUUUUUAACAGUUUUUUUUGUUGUUCUUUACAGGUAUUUCAAAUAAUUUGGCGGAAAGGUACGACUAUAUUUUAAAAUUAUUUUUAGUAUGCUUCUUAGCUGAUGUUAAACAGCCUUUGCUUCAAGGCCAAAAACAUUCCUGUUCAAUAUCAAGAUAAAAAUUUAUUCAAUAUUUGUUUAAUAUGCACUGGGAGUGGAGAUGUUGUAUUUUAUUAAUGAUAUCCUUUAAUUUUUUUUUAUAAUUAUAGCAAAAAUUUAACAAACACAAAAGUAAGUUGCUCCAAUUUUUUGAAUAAGCGAAUAAAACCAUAUUGAACAUAUAGGUACAGCUUGGACUUAUAAACUUGGCUAUUUCAUAACUAAUCCCUAUAUUAUAACUGUUUCAUUUUAGUGGAAUUACCGGAACUGGACGAUCCUGCUAUUCUUGGUAUGUACAUUACAAUAAAUAUGCGGUAUAUAAUAUCUACUUUUUGGUUUUACAUAAAGCAACAUUUGUUCUAGCUGGUUGGACCUCACAUAAAAUUAAAUGGACUUACAACUAAUAGUAAAUACUAGGUGUGAACAGAGGCCAGUUGUGACCAAUUGUUUGCUUACAGUUGUACAGAGGUAUAUUUGUGACCUCAAGGUAUAUUUGUGAGCUCGAGGUAUAUUUUUGUGACCAAUAUUCCAGUGACCAUGCAAAGGUAAAGUUGUGACCAAUUGGUUUUUCGAAAACCCUCUUGGCCGGCCACAAUGAAAUAUUCUCUCAUGUAAACAUGUUAAAAUUCAACCCAAUUACCAAGUGAGUACAAUACAUUGUAGUUGUAGAUUGCCCUCUCCUGCAGUAGCUAUACAAUGUAAUAAAGUGUAUAUACUGUACUGACAAUUUCAUUUUACAGAGCAUCGUUAUAACAUUAUACGGGUUACCAAUUUGCAAUAUCAUGCAUGUGACACAGUAACUUCAUCCUUAACCUUCUAACACAACAUCUUUUAUUUUAGAUGUCCAUGUUGAUGAUGGUAAGAAUUAG